AUGACUGACACUUCAAUCCCUGGGCCCCCACGUGGGGCUGGUGGGAAAAACACCGACACUUUCAUCUCUGCGAAUAAUCGUGUAUUAUUGGACAGUGAGAUAAAUCAAGUAGCAGUCGGACGGCACGUUACAUUGCCUAUCGACCUCGAAGACCAUGAGGUGGUGGCGGCAGAAAACCUGGCACAUGCCAAUAGGAAUGCGGUGUCACGAAUUCCAAAUACAAAUCAUUAUUCUUUCCUGAACACUCGUAAGACACCCGUUAAGCGCCCGUCACAAGCGCCUGUCGUUAGCGCUCAGUCAGCGUCUGUACCAAUAACCUUCACAAACCCUAACCCGAAUUCAUCCUUUACAUUUCCGAACUUCUCUAUUCCAUUAGCGCCCACUACCUUUAUCUCCGACAUCCCUGAUUUUGACUUCCUUACACAAGCGAUCAAUAAAGUUUUGAGAGUGUUUAGUUUCCUCAACACGCUCACGCCCAACACGGUAAAGAGAGUUGUUGGUGCACUUACUGGUUCAGAUCCUUCUCCUUCAAAUAUUACUGUACCUUCGUCUUCUUCAUCCACUUCUGCCGAUACUUUAGUUUUCAAAGAUGCAGAUAUGGUUAUAACAAAGACAGCAGAUACAGGAACCAAGAUUCCGAGGCCAAUUCUCAAUCUCGCAAAGGCGAAGAUCCACGUACCCCUCACACUUCUUACUCUCGCGGCUCUGCAACAGAUCCACCUCAAUCCGACCUGCGUCAAAAUGAAAAAGGGACUCAUCCUCGAUGACCCCAAGAAGAGUGUCAUGGACACGUCAAUCUUCCCUGCUGAGUCUACGUUGCCUGCAGACAGGUUCUACAAAGCCUACAGCAACUUCUUAAAGAUGAUGGCAUUGAUUGCCGACGAGGCGAUGAUAGAGUGGUUUGUUGAACACCGCGAUUUUUGCCUUUCCCGCGAUGAAUUUAGUGACAACAGCAACGCAGUAUUGAACUUUGACAUCGAGAUUUGUUGGAAAUUCUUCAACUCACAAACCUUCUGCGAUCCGGACGCAUAUAUGCAGCGUUGGAACAAGAUUAAGAUCAACACUUCUCUGUUGUUGAACUGGCACGCAGGUUCAGGGAGAUAG